GAGGACAACAACAAUAACAACAACAACAACGACGACCACGUCGGGGAUAUGUGCGGGUGCGCUACGUCCACGCGGCGAGGACUGGGGACUGCUGCGGGUAAAUCGGCACGGCGCGCCAAGUCCUCGUGUUCGGUGCAUAGGACGCCCGGGAUACGGUAGCUCGUCCUUCAGCGUUACUCCUCAUCGACGCCCGCGGGCAAUGUGCCCACCCGCCGGGAUAGCAACGGGUGGACAAGGCGUACGAUGCUUAGGGAUGCUUGGACGAACGACGGUGGGAAAGGCUGGUGGCGAUGGUGGUCCAGGUUGGGCGGAUUGUUGGCGAUGGCGGCAGCCAUAUCCUGUCUCGUUGCCGCGUUUCCGGGCGCCUCGGCCAAUCCGGAAGCGAAGCGUCUCUACGAUGACCUGCUGUCGAACUACAACCGCCUCAUCCGCCCUGUUGGCAACAACAGCGAUCGCCUCACUGUCAAAAUGGGACUACGCCUCUCCCAGCUCAUCGACGUCAACCUGAAGAACCAGAUCAUGACGACAAAUGUUUGGGUGGAACAAGAGUGGACCGAUUACAAGCUGAAGUGGAACCCGGAGGACUACGGCGGUGUCGACACCCUUCACGUGCCAUCGGAACACAUAUGGUUACCUGACAUUGUUCUUUACAACAAUGCCGACGGUAAUUACGAGGUAACCAUCAUGACGAAGGCGAUUUUGCACUACACCGGGAAAGUCGUGUGGAAGCCACCGGCGAUCUAUAAAUCAUUUUGCGAGAUCGACGUGGAAUAUUUCCCUUUCGACCAGCAGACUUGCGUUAUGAAAUUUGGUUCGUGGACUUACGACGGUUACACGGUCGACCUGCGGCAUAUCGCGCAGACCGAGGACUCGAACGUAAUCGACGUCGGGAUCGACCUAACCGACUAUUAUAUUUCUGUCGAGUGGGACAUCAUGAAAGUGCCUGCACGUAGGAACGAGGCGUUUUACAUAUGCUGCGAGGAGCCUUACCCAGACAUCAUCUUCAACAUAACCCUGCGCCGCAAGACCCUUUUCUACACGGUGAAUCUCAUAAUACCGUGCGUGGGCAUAUCGUUCCUGUCGGUGUUGGUGUUCUACCUGCCGAGCGACAGCGGCGAGAAGGUCUCCCUGUCGAUCUCGAUACUCCUCUCGUUGACGGUGUUCUUCCUGCUGCUGGCCGAAAUAAUACCGCCCACGUCGCUCACGGUGCCGCUCCUCGGCAUGUACCUGCUGUUCACGAUGGUGCUGGUGACGCUCUCGGUCAUUCUCACGAUCGCCGUGCUGAACGUGAGCUUCCGCUCGCCCGUCACCCACCACAUGGCCAAGUGGGUGCGAGUGGUGUUCAUCGAUUUCCUGCCGCCUUACCUCCUGAUCCAGCGGCCAAAGAAGGACGACGACGACGACGAGGAGGACAAGGAAAAGAACGGCAACGGGAACGCCGGUGACGUCGACGUCAACGGCGCCGAGGAUUACGACGAAGACGAUGUCGAGGCGGCGAACGGGAAGCCGCCAGAGGGCAUCCUCACCGAUGUGUUCCAUGUUCCAGAGACUGAUAAAUACGAGCCGUAUUACGGCACGAGGUUCAGCGGGGAGUACGAAUUGCCGCCGCAGCCGCCACCGCCGGCGACGAGGUGCGAGUUUGGCGCCGUCGCGCCGCGCUUUGAGGAGCCGCUACCCUCGCUGCCACUGCCGGGGGCGGAUGACGACCUCUUCGGCCCGGCCAGUCCCGGGUACGGUGCCCACGAGGACAUCAGCCCCACCUUCGAGAAGCCGCUGGUACGCCAGAUCGAGAAGACCAUCGAGGACGCUCGCUUCAUCGCCCAACACGCCAAAAACAAGGACAAGUUUGAGAGCGUGGAGGAGGAUUGGAAGUACGUCGCGAUGGUGCUCGACCGGAUCUUCCUCUGGAUGUUUACGGUGGCUUGUGUGGUCGGCACGGCGAUUAUCAUUUUGCAAGCGCCGAGCCUUUACGACACCACGAAGCCGAUCGACAUCAAGUACAGCAAGAUCUACAAGAAGAAGAUGAUGAUGCUAGGCAUGACCUCCGAAGAGGUCUAG